GACUUCCGGUGUGGAUGUUGUGGCGGCGCCAUCUUGCCUGCAGUAGGGUGCCUCUCGUAUGUGGCGGGUUUUUUUUUUCUCGUGACUUGUGUGUGAAUCAGUUACUCGAUGGCUGACAGUUGGCCCAUGUGUUUCUCUUAAAUUGCUUAUGAUGGAAACCUCAUUUAUCCCUGCCAAGAUGGUGAUUUUAAAUUUGCCAACUCAGCAUCAAACUCCCCACAUUAAGAGCACGACAGUCAAGGAACACCCCCCCAAUUUGAGUUUGGCUCCUUUAGGAACCCCAACGUUAUUUGGCUGUUCACACUAUGUCUAGGGGUGGGUGGUCCAAGUGUUCAAGAUCAGGGUCAUAUGUAGGCCUGAUUGAGCCUCCUCAGGGUCAGGGCAUCCACGUACUCCUCUUCUGGACCAAGGAAGGGGAAAAGUAUCUGUCCCACACCAGUGGGGAAGUCACAGCAGAGGAUUUGUGCCUUUCAGCCGCAGAGGCCAUAGGGAUAACUCCUCUGUGCCAUGUGUUAUUUGCUUUGUACAAUACACAAUCCUGCUGCUGGUUCAGUCCAAACCACGUUUUCAGACCAGAGGACAACACCAACCUUGUACUUCACUACUGUAUGAGGUUUUACUUCUGUAACUGGCAUGGAAUGAAUGAGAAAGAGCCAGCUGCAUCUCGCUAUGCCCUUCGAUCUGGAACAGUUCAAGGGGGUUCUCCCCUGCUUGACAUAACAUCCUUAGAGUACUUGUUCUCCCAGGCUAAAUAUGAAUUUGUGAAUGAAGUGGUGCCGAUUGAAGAUGUUCAGUCAGAGGAGGAACUAAGCUGCUUCAAGAAUGAGAGUUUGGGGAUGGCUGUACUUCACCUCUCACAUCAGGCAAUGCAAACAGACUGCAGCUUACAAGAAGUGGUCAAGAAAAACAGCUUCCUGCGCUGCAUCCCGAGGUCUUUUGCAAAACAAAUUUCAAAAGACAACUUCUUGACAAAAAUCAGGAUCCGGCGAGUGUUCGCUAAGUUUGUGCAGAAAUUCCAGCAGCACACUGUGGAUAAGGGCCUGUUGGGUGCCCAGAAGAUCAUUUACAAGUACAUCGCUACACUUGAACACUUGGCCCCACAAUUUGGCACAGAGACCUUCCCUGUAGGCAACCUGGAACUGAGGAAGGAAGGGGAUGAAAGUAGCUCUUAUUCCGUCACAACCCAUGCACAAGGAAGUGCAAAAAUCAACUUCACAGCUCCCACCUCACACGAAAUAAAGGUAUCUGGCACCAAGGGGAUACAGUGGAGGAAGACGUCCGGUCAGAAGUCUCAGGCGAACUCAUACCUCCGGAAUGACUCUGCAGACUACAUGAGGACAACAAAUCAAAAGUCCAGCAAACAGAAUGCCAACACUUCCCAUAAAUUAACGCCAUUUUGUGACUUCCCUGAAAUAACUCACAUAUCCAUUUCUGGAGCUAAUGUAUGCAUUAGCACUCAGGACAACCGCAGCCUGGAGGUUCAGAUGAACUCCAGCCAAGAGGCCCAUUCCUUCAUCUCCCUCCUAGAUGGAUACUACCGGCUGACUGCAGACGCCCACCACUAUCUUUGUCAUGAAGUGGCUCCCCCAAGGGUGGUGCUGAGUGAAGCAAAUGGACUGCACGGACCUCUGCAUGAUGAUUUUGUGCUGCUGAAGCUGAAAAAGGAGGCAGCAGAGGAGGGAGCUUUCCUCGUACGUUGGAGUGCUCUCGACUACCAGCGCAUCAUCCUAGCUGUCCUGAACAAAAACGAGAAUGGGUCACCGCCAAGCCUCAAGCAGUUUCGGGUUCAGCUCAAGGGUUCGAUGUUCCUAUUGGAGGGCUGGGACAGAGAAUUCUCCAGUUUAAAGGAGCUUACAGAGAGCCUCAAAACCUUUGUGCUCAGGUCUGGUCUGGACAGCUAUAUGGUCAAGAAAUGCUGUUUUCCAAGACAAGCAGAGUGUUCCAACCUCCUUGUUUUGAGGGAAGGUGUCGAUCACCGUGUGCGCAGCGACUCCUUGUCCCUCAACAUGAAUGAGCUGCGCUUCCAUCAGAUAAAGGAUGGAGACUUUGUGCAGCAACAGCAUUUGGGCCGGGGGACCAGGACUAACAUCUAUUUAGGACGUCUGGUGGUGCGAGGAGGGCGAGAUGACGAUGAUGAGGAUGAUGAGUUCAACAACAACUCUGCUAACCAAAAAGGGAUACAAGUGGUGCUGAAGAUUCUUGAUCAAAGCCAUAGAGAUAUUGCAUUCGCAUUUUUUGAAACUGCAAGUCUCAUGAGCCAGGUGUCCCACUGUCACCUGGUGUUUGUACACGGUGUGUCAGUCAAAGGAUCUGAAAACAUCAUGGUCGAAGAAUACGUGGAGUACGGGCCUUUAGAUGUUUUCCUACGCAAAGAAAAGGCAUCUGUGACUCCUCUGUGGAAAUUAAUUGUUGCAAAACAACUUGCCACUGCCCUCAAUUAUCUUGAGACCAAACGGCUGGUUCAUGGAAAUGUCUGCGCCAAGAACAUUCUGGUGGUGAGGCCAGGUCUGACUGAAGGCACCACUCCUUUUAUCAAGCUGAGUGACCCAGGCAUCUCUCUGAGUGUGCUUUCACGAGAAGAGCGGCUUGAACGUAUCCCAUGGAUUGCCCCUGAGUGUGUUGAGAGUGGUGCACCCAUAGGCAAUGCUUCAGACCAGUGGAGCUUUGGUGUCACACUGCUCGAAAUCUGCAACAAUGGCGAUCUUCCCAUGAGCGGCAGCACAUUGUCUGAGAAAGAACGCUUUUAUCAGCAGAAGGGAAGACUAGCUGAACCGUCCUCCCAACAGCUGGCAAGCUUCAUCAGCAUGUGUUUGUCCUACGAGCCUGUAGAGAGGCCAUCAUUCCCCACUGUGCUCAGAAAGCUCACAGAAAUCCCAAAUCUUGACAUAUCUCCAAGUGAGAAUCUCCGUGAAGCAGACCCGAGCAUGUUCUUUAAACGCUACCUGAAAAAGAUGCGGGUGCUGGGAGAGGGUCACUUUGGAAAGGUGACUCUGUACCUGUAUGACCCUGCCAACGAUGGAACAGGAGAGCGUGUGGCAGUAAAGGCUUUGAAACAGGAGCACGGCAAGGCACCUGACGGCUGGAUAAAGGAGAUUGAGAUCCUGAAGUCCCUCUAUCACAGCAACAUUGUGAAGUACAAGGGUUGCUGUUAUGAACUGGGAGGACAAGUGGUGCAGCUCAUCAUGGAGUACCUUCCUCUGGGGAGUCUGCGAGAUUAUCUUCCCAAACGUAAACUUGGUGUGCCUCAAUGCCUGAUGUUUGCUCAGCAGAUCUGUCAGGGAAUGGAGUACUUGCACAUUAAGCGAUACAUCCAUCGAGACCUGGCUGCCCGAAAUGUCUUGGUUGAAAAUGACAGUUUGGUAAAGAUUGGAGACUUUGGCUUGACCAAACACAUCCCCGAAGGUGAGAUCUACUAUCGUGUCCGCGAGGAUGGGGAUAGUCCAGUGUUCUGGUAUGCCAUUGAGUGCUUGAAAGAGGGCAAAUUUUCUUUUUCCUCUGACAUCUGGUCCUUUGGUGUUACUUUGUAUGAGAUCCUGAACCGCUGUGAUCCCAGUCAGAGCCCUCCAACAAAAUUCUAUGAAAUGAUGGAGGCAACGGAGGAACAGAUUCCCGUGGUGGCUCUUAUGAAACUCUUGGAGAAACAGCGACGAUUGCCUUGUCCUAAGGACUGCCCACAUGAGGUGAAGGUAAUAAUGGAGCAGUGUUGGGCUGCAGAACCUGCAGAUCGACCAUCCUUCGAAACCCUCAUCCCAAAGUUUGAGGCUGUUCGCCAGAAAUAUGACUGCCAGUCCAAUAUUAACUUUUCUUUGGCUCAUAUUUGCUGAUCAGAAAGAUCUGCAUGUCAGCAUGUCAUCACUUUGCCACAGAAGCAGUCAUAUGUAUAUUCAGGGUACCCAAAAAAUGUUUGCCAGCUGCCUUCAUUUAAAUAGUAGUCUUUCACUGUUGGUAUUUUUUUAAUAUAAAAAUUAACUACUAUUCCACCAUAUUUGAUGUUGGCUUCAACUCAAUCUGUGUCUUCUUUACUUGGCUGAUGAAUUAAACAAGGUUAUAAAAAAAAACAGGGGGAAAAAGUGUCAACUUUCAAUUAUUUAAAGCUCUGAUUUUCCAUGUUUCACCAUGAGCAUUAUUCACUUUUCUGUGCUUUAAAGAAGACUUUUAUUUUUGGUUUGUAUUUGUAAAUUAAUGUUGUAUUAAUCCUAUUUUUUAUUUGGCUUGUAUUUCAAAUAAACCAAAAGAACAACACAACAGUCUACUGAUGCAAUUUUCACUAGCAGUGUAAAUAAAUACUUUAACAGACUU